GGUAACCUCACAAAUGGUUUUUACCCUGAAACAGUGUCAGAAAUUAUAUAAUAAAGUUUUGACUUUGAUUUUUUAUAUAUAAGAUAUUGUAAAGUUUUGUCAGAGAUUAUAAUUUAUAGGGUAUAUAGUAGUGUAUAGGUUCUGAACAGUGUUUUGGUUUUGGGUUAAAUGAAAGUGACUUUGAAGUGUUUGUGCUUUGGUCUGUGUGAAUGUGUCUUUAUUACAAUAGCGUAAAAGGGUCUUUCUUUUUGCUGUUUUUACUGUUAUUGUUUCAAAGGUUUGAUGGGUUCAUGCUGCUGUGUUGUGUUGUGUUGUGUUGUGUUGCAUUGCAUCCUCGGUAAUCUGGAAGAAUUCAUGGCUUUGUUGUUGUUACAGCUUUUUUAUGUACCUUUUUUCUUGGGGUUUGUAUCUAAUAUCUAUACUAUACUGUAUAGUGUAUAGUAUACUAGUACUACUACCCUUCUUCUUACUGAUAGUUAUUUCAUCAGAGGUUUCAAGGUUGUUGUUUCAGCUCUGGAUUUUCUGAUGCAUGCUGAUUUUAUUGGUUGUUCUUUCUUUCUUUUUCUGUUUUGUUGUCUUCAAGGUAGAUGAGAUUAACAAGAGGAGAGGAGAUGAAACAGUUUCUCUCUUCUUAUCCUUAAAAAACUUGUCUGUUUCUUUUUUUUUGUCUGCAUGUAUAGAUAGAAAAAUAUUGAAGACUGAAUAUAUUGUGUUGUGAAUGGCAUCAACAUCUUGUGUUAUGAAGACUCCAUUAGCUAUGAAAGAGACGGGUUCAAGCUGUGGUCAAUAUCCUCCUCCUAUGGCAACGUAUGAAGAGGUUGUAGACAAUCCUAAGCUCUUUUUGCAUAGCUUGGAGAAGCUCCAUGCUACUAUGGGCACCAAGUUCAUGGUUCCUAUUAUUGGGGGAAAGGAGUUGGAUUUACACCGCCUCUUUGUUGAAGUGACUUCUCGUGGAGGGAUUGAGAAAAUCAUUAAAGAGAGAAAAUGGAAAGAUAUAACUUUAGUUUUCAAUUUUCCAUCAACGGCUACAAAUGCUUCUUUUGUGCUGAGGAAGUACUAUACUUCAUUACUCUACCAUUAUGAGCAAAUCUAUUAUUUUAAAGCUCAUAACUGGACCCAUGCAGCUUCUGAUGUUUUGCAGAGUCCAUCAUCCACCCCAGUUUCUGCUCCGAAGAUACCGUUUUCGCAUCCUUCAUCUGAAGCUCAACCAGCUGCCGUUCAGCCGUUAAAUGUUAAUGCUGCUAGACUGCCUGAAGCAAUGGCAUCAUCUUCGGCAGGGUCUCAUGUUGUCGGGGUCAUUGAUGGGAAAUUCGAAAGUGGCUAUCUAGUUACUGUCACAAUCGGUUCGGAGAAACUCAAGGGUGUACUUUAUCAAGCUCCACAAAAUGCUGCUGUGUUGCCAGCACCGCCAGCACCCAACCAGAGUGCUUCGGAUAUUAACAACAACGCUGGUGUCCAUCGUCGCCGGCGUAGGAAGAAAUCAGAAAUGAAAAAGAGAGAUCCUGCUCACCCAAAACCAAACAGAAGUGGAUACAACUUCUUCUUUGCAGAACAACAUGCUAGGCUUAAACCUCUUAACCAAGGGAAGGACCGAGAGAUCAGUAGGACCAUCGGUGAACUCUGGAACAAGUUAAACGAAUCUGAAAAAGCAGUUUAUCAAGAACAAGCCAUGAAGGACAAAGAGAGGUACAAAACAGAAAUGGAGUCUUACCGCGAGAAAUUGAAGAUGGAUCAAGUCAUUAGUGAUGCGAUGCCACUUCAACAGCGACUUCCUGAAGCCGAUACGGACAUGUUGAAUGCUGAUAUGAAAUUUGAUGAAGCUGAGGCAGAUUCUCUUCAAACACCAGAGGAGAGCAGUUCGGUCGGAAGCGAGUAUGAAGAUGAUAAAGGCAUGGAGAAAGAUUUUAGUGUGGAUGCAUUUCCUGUUAUAGGAGUUGGAGCUGAGGCUAUGGAUUCAGUAGAGAAAUCAUCCAAGGGGGGCUUAUGAGGUUCUUGAUUAAGUUCUUAAAAGAAGUUGGAGGAGAAGAGAAAUUAACUGGCACUAAGGUAGCACAUAAGUAGAUUUUCUUAGGAAUAUUUUUAUAUGUUUCAUUGCAUUGGAGACUUUGAGGUAGGAUGAAAUUGCAGUGAUUACCUGCUUGCUGAUUAUCAUAGUGAUCAACCGGGCUUGGUCAUUUUAUUAUUCAAUUUAAGGUGCUCAUUUUGGCUUAAUAGUUA